AAUAUUCCGCAUCAAGUAUGUAAUUUUUAAUUUUCACCAGAGAUUUUAGGACUUCAUUGAACAAACAAAGAGAACCCAUCCUGUCAAGAACAAAGCAAAGACAACCUUAACCCAGUUCAUGGGGAGAUGGAAAGCUGCUAACUUUGUAGCUCGUAUUCUUCUUACCAAAUCAAGAUCAAUUCCACAAACCCCAUUUCACAAAACCUGUAAAUUUUCAUUAGUUUCAGUACCCAAGAUACAGUUCUUGAAAUUCAGGAGGUCAUUUUCUGUAGCACCAGCUUUAUAUCCACAGUAUGUGGAUGAUUUUGAAUAUAAGAUUGAUAAUAAUAAUAAUACAGAGUCUUUGGAGUCUAAUGAUGAUGAAGAAAUUGGUAAAGUACCCAUCAAAGCCUAUUUCCUUUGUACCAGUAUUGAUUUGAAGCGCAUGCAAGCUGAAAAUUCAACAGACAUUCUUCCAUCAUCCUCCCGUUCACCCAAUCAUAUUGCCUUCAGAUUUUUCAAUCUUCUACCAACAAAUAAUGCCCUUAGAUUUGGAGAAAACACAAAUGGUUGCAGUUGUAUGGUUGUCUUCAAGUAUGGUGCAGUUGUCCUCUUCAAUGUGGAGGAUGGCGAAGCUGAGUACUACUUGCGAAUUGUGAGAAGAUAUGCAUCUGGAUUGCUUCGUGAAAUGAAAAAAGAUGAUUAUGCUGUAAAAGAGAAGCCAUCACUGGUUGAGGAUAUGCAGGGAGGUGCAGAUCACAUAGUUCUGAAAAAUUUGGACACAGAUAGUAUUCGUGUAAUUAGCAGUGUGCUUGGCCAAAGUAUUGCGCUUGAUUACUUUGUGUCACAGGUUGAUGGUAUGGUUGAAGAGUUUGCUGGGAUAAAUCGUGAAAUGGAGAAAACAGGCACUUUCACGAUGAAAAGGAAGAAAUUGUUCCAACUUGUGGGCAAAGCCAAUUCAAAUAUAGCUGAUGUAAUUUUAAAAGUAGGUAUCUUUGAAAGAUCUGAAAUUGCUUGGAGAGAUGCAAAAUACGCUCAGAUACUCGAGUACCUUCGAGAGGAAUACGAGGUCUCACAGCGUUUUGGGAACCUCAACUUCAAAGUAAAGUUUGUUGAGCAUAACAUUCACUUUCUUCAGGAAGUUCUUCAAAACAGAAAGUCGGAUCUACUAGAAUGGUGCAUCAUCGUCUUGUUGGCAGUCGAGAAUGUGGUAUGCAUAUAUGAGAUAAUUCGGGACACAACAGGGCAUUAAAGAGUGGCGAUGAAACAUGGUAGGAUUAACAUAGCAGAUGCCAAAGAAAGAAACCACAUUUCUGGGCAUUCAUAUUGCAGUUUUACAUUAUUUAUACAUCCAUAUGUCAUCACUGUGAAUUAGUGAUGAUCUAUUCUUUUGUUGCAAAAUUAUAUUUAACCACAUAGAUAAGAUUCUUUUCUUUUGAUAACUGAGAAAUCUGAGUGUGCCAAUUCAAUUGAUAAAGCUUCCCAUUUUUCGGGUCA